AUGCAAGACAAUGAAGGGAAAACUGCUCUUCAUUAUGCAGCAAUUAAUGAUAACAAGAAUUUUGUAAAGUGGUUGGUUGAUAGAGCAAAUUUUGAAAUAAGUGAUAAUGAAGGGAAAACUUUUCUUCAUUAUGCAGCAAUUAAUGGUAACAAGAAUUUUGUAAAGUUGUUGGUUGAUAGAGCAAAUUUUGAAAUAAGUGAUAAUGAAGGGAAGAUACCUCUUCAUUAUGCAGUAAUAAGUGGUAAUGUGAAAACGGCAUUAAAAGUCAUAGAAAAUACCUAUUAUAUAAGAAAAAGAGAUAACAAUUCGAAGUUUCCUCUUCAGUAUGCCGUAAAUGAUUCAAGAAUGUUCGAAUCCCUUGUCUUUGAUUAUAAAAAACGAGAGAAGUAUUACAAACUAAAAGAUGCUUUGGAAUGCUUCCCCGAUGCAAAUACAGACAUACAAAGAUUCAUUUCGAAUUGGAAAAAUGGCUUGUGGGUUCCUGGGGAUGACUAA